AGCAUACGGCGGGUGCCGGCGAUCUCGGGUGGCAAUGGAGCGGCCGCCGCCAUUUUAUUCCGGUCUUCCCGAGAGGCGUCAUGAGGCAUUUGUGCCGCCGCCGCCGCCUACGGCUUUGUUGCUUCUCAACCGAGGUCGGGAUUCCUUUUAUAACCCCGGGAUUAGGAAUGAGGAGAGGCCUGGUGCCGCGUUUUCUCCCUCCCGCCAGCCUGGUUUGCCGGGCCCAGAGAGAGGCCUGGCCCAGGGCCGGGCUGCGGUCGGUGGAGACUGGCGGCUGCCCGCUCCUCCCGCGGAGAGCUUCCAACAGGGCGGCCCGGGAGGGCCUGCUCCGACUUUGAGUAGGGUGGAGGCCCCGCAAGAGUACGGCCAGCAUCCGCAGUGGGAUCCGGACCACCGAGACCGCCUGCGGAAUUACCCUCCCCAGCCAUGGGGCCGUGACCAACCCCCUUUCCCCCAGGGUCAGCAACAUCGGGACCAAACCCCUCAACCCCAGGGUCAGCAGCAUGGAAAUUACUCCCAGGGCCAGCAGCAUCAAGAUCAACCCCCUCUCCCCAAGGGUCAGCAACAUCGAGACUACCGCCCUCAGCCCCGGGAUCAGCAACAUCGAGAUGAACCCCCUGACGGCAAGGGGCAGCAACAUCAAGCUCACUCUCCCCACCCACAAGGUCAAUACCCAAUUCACCCUCUUCACCCAAACAGUCAUCAGCACCUGGACUACACAUCUCACUCACAAAAACACGAGCGUCUUCCCCAUCCAUGGAAUCAUCCCCGUCAAAGUGAACCUCCCCACCUUCCAGGCUGCCCUCCCGUACCCCAGCAUCAACAGCAGAAGGAACAUCAGCCCCACCAGCAGGGUUAUGAACGCAGAGAUCAAGUUAGUGUCCCACAGGGAUUUUCACAACAGGACCACUCAGCUGAUCAGUACCAGGAAAUUUAUCUUCGGCAGGGAUUGUCACAUCGUUCCCAGCUUCCAUUUCAACCUGAACAAACAGAUUCUCAACGCUAUCCAUUCUGGGAGCAUUUACAUCCUGAGCAACAUACACCCUUCUCACAGAGAGCUGGAGUUGCCAACAAUGUGCUACCUCAAAUCCACAGCAUGCCUUCCCAGUCUGAGAACAUUUCCUGCCAGGACCAAUCAAUGCUUUGUGGUGGAGGCUUUAAUUCAGCUAUGGCAUAUGGACCUCAGAAUUCUCAGUUAAUAAAUCCUAGCCAUGGCAUGCCUAAUCAGCAGAACUUUCCAAAUUCAUCAGGGGAGAUACUGUCUUGGAAAAAUGACCGUGACAUCCCGUAUAGCAAUGAAAACAUGGUAGCACCAUGGUCCAGUGUUGCUAACUUCUCACAAAACCGUAAAGAUGUCAAUGCUGAACAACUGCACAGGAAUGACUCCAUGACCAGAAACUUGUUAUCAGACCAACUGUCCCAUAAUUUUAAAUAUAAUGAACCUUUAAAAGAACAAGAUGAGUUAUGGCUUACCCGAUUCUUAUCAAACCGUAGGUUGCAGCCUUGUGAAAUUAAAAAGCCAAGAUCUUACCCAUCAGUUAGUGAAGUAAAAGAAUCAGUACUAAGUGCUUGUAAACUUGUAACUGAGCUCACUACCUUAUGCCAGCUAUUAAGGUAUAAUGUUGAAAAUGAAGCGGUUUGGACUGAAUCCUACCUGAAAGCAGUUGAAAUGAGAACUGCUUUACAGGAAAAAAUAAAGACAUUAAAAGAUGACAACUACCUCAGUGCUGUGAAAAGGAAAUUGGAAAGAAUCAAGAAGAAAAGAAGCAGCAUUCAAAGGAAGAAACAAAUGCGACGUUUAGAAAAACAAGAGGAAGAGGCAAGGACAGCAGAAAAAGAAGCAAAAAUUGAUGAAUGGAGAAUGAAGUGUAUUCGAGAAGUUGAAGAGAAGAAGAGGGAACGUGAACUGAAAGCUGCAGCAGAUGGUGUCUUGUCAGAGGUGCGGAAGAAACAGGCAGAUGCAAAAAGACUAACGGAUAUCCUGCGGGCACUGGAGAAGCUGCGAAAACUGAGGAAGGAAGCUGCAGCUAGAAAAGGCGUUCACCCUCCUCCUUCAGCUGAUGAAACCUUUGAACGUCAUAUUGAGAGGCUGAGAAAGCUGAUUAAAAAACGCAGUGACUUGUAUGAUGCAGAAGAAAGAGCCUUGAGAGUUAUGCUGGAAGGAGAACAAGAAGAAGAAAGGAAAAGAGAAAAUGAGAAAAAGCUGAAAAAAGAAAGGGAAAAACUGGAGAAACAGCAACGUGAAGUGGAAAUGAUGAUGUUUGGAGAUCCAGAUUUGCCUUCAGACCACCCACUACAGCCAUUUCGCCAAUAUUAUUUGCAAGCUGAGCAUUCUUCACAUGCACUCGUGCAAAUCAGACAAGAAUGGGAUCGAUAUCUUGUGUCAGGUGAUCAUCCUGAUGGAAGCAGUAUUCCUCAGGGCUGGGUCUUUCCACACCCACCCACUUCUGACACGUGGGCAACUGCACUCAAACAGAAUGAGAGUUGAUGCUGAUCAACAAUUUUCUCUCUGGCUGAAAUAUUUUAUUGCUGAUUAAUAUCUGCUUUAUAUUUAAUAAAGAUUAAUUCAAGUUG